AUGUUAAUGCGGACUGAAGGGGAGCUUAACUCGGACUCGUUCGUAUUGGCUUACAGGCUCACUAAGACAAACUUUUGAAGACCUUUACUUUGAAAAGGAAAAGCGAGCCAGACCUCCCGUGUCCCUCACUGGGAGUUUACCAGGUGCAUCGUGCACAGGCAUGUGAUGCUGUGCUGCUGACUGGUCGCAGAGGACGUUGCGCAGCUGCCUUGGAAAUGUUAGCCCGGUCGGAGCGGGAUUCUUGGAGCCACAAGUACCGGAGACAGCUUUCCACUGACGUCCAGCAGUACCGGCAUAUGACGGAGAUACUACACCGGUCGAGCGGAAUGGCAGUGCAUGGUUUGUCUGGAGAUGCUGUGAGUCUGAAGGGAACUCUGUCAGCGUAUGAGGAAAACUUCCCAAUAGUGUUAUGAUGCAAGUCAAGUUACACUCUUCCUGUACUGCUGGAUGUGGUCAGGGGUCCAGACCAUCUUCCUGCAGAUGAAAAGUCACAGGAAAUGCUGAGAGGGAAACUGUGCGUGCUGGAGGCUGACAGCUCCGAGGUCAAUACCCUAUUUAAGGAGCUGUCCGCCCAUCUCAUCUCCAUCAGCAGUGAAAGAAAAGCCAUUUAUGUAAUGUUCACAACAUUUGAAGAGAUAUGGAAGUUCACCACAUAUUACAAAAUAGGUUUCCUGCGCCAUUGUAUGGAGAACCUAUUGCUGGACCAGAUGUUCUGGCUCAGUUCUUUGAAGGAUGACUUUGCUGUUGAGGUGACCAUUCAGGAGGAAACACUUAACCUUUUCUACAGAGGCAUCCUCCUACAAGAAGGUUCAUUGUUUGCCAGUUGCAGUGCCAGCCAGAUGUUUGACAGUUCAACCUCUGGAGGAGACCUGUACUUGGAGCAGGGAGACAUAGCCCAGUUCGAGCCUCCCUUCCUAGGCUCAGGGUGGACUGUUCUCUGUCUGGCUGAUGGAGCGCGGGGCACUGCACCUAGACCUGCUCUGGAGCCAGUUAUCCCUUUCCAUCAAUGGUUUCUCAAAUCUUGUGCAGAAAGCAUUUUAGUAGGUGAUGGGAAAUCUACCUGUGACUUCCCUCUGCACUUUGCCAGAGGAACCUGUCUAGCUACAAAGGAGUAUGAUGCUGAGGGCCCAGACGAGCUGAGCGUGUCACCUGGUGAUCGCAUCACGAUUGUGGGAUUUUUGGUGCCUUGUUUUGAUUGGUUCACGGGGAAGAAGGAAGCAACAGGAGAAAUAGGUCUGGUCAAGACAAGCUUGGUAAAACCGUCCACUGAUGCUUACGACUCUGCAGAGAUUUUUUUAGAUGAAGAGGAUUGGAUUUUCUCAAUUCUGCAAGAGGAAAAAGUCAUCGAAGAAUCAAUUGCCAAAUUGAAGAAGAAAUCUCAUAAUGAUAUUGGGCAUAAUUACAAACUAGAUAUGGUCACUUGUCAAGAGUCUGAGAAAAAAACCUCACCCAGCUCUUCAAGAAAAGUUGAGUCUGAACAGGAUGAGUUCAAGAUCAAUAUUCACAGGUUUCUUGAUCAAGAAAAAGAGUCGACCCCUCAUUACACCGUAACCAAGAGUGAGACUCUAGAGGAAUCGGGCCUGGCUACGGAGGCAAAACCCCCCAAACUUCCCUCUUUCAUGGUCCAACCAGUUGAAGGGAACAAAAACACAUUCAUUCCACUCUUAUCUUUUUUGGACGGCCGAGACUACGAAGUAGAGUUUGGCAUUCUGUAUGGACUGAGUUCUGAAAAACUUGCCUCCUCCACUUUCACUGGUCACUGUGAUGAGGAUGAACUGAUUGGCUUUCUGGGUGUUGCCAGGGAGACAGCCAGGAAGAAACACCUUUUCUGGUCACAAACUCGUUUAUGCUUCCUGUUGGGGAAGCUCUGUGUAGGUAGGUCAAAGUUCAAUCAAGCCCAGGUUUACUUUGAGGAAACUCUCAGUGUCCCAAGAGAAGGCUUCACAGACCUCAGACUGCUGGCCAGCAUCUUCUCCAACCUUGCUGCAAUAUAUCUUCUGCAGAAAAAUACAGAAAGUUUCUUUGCUGUGACAGAACGACUUGUUGCCUUACUAAUAGGAAUCCCAGAUUGUCUGAAAAGCUUAGAGGACAACUCUUCUCUUAAAUACAUGCUCAAGAAAGCUAUCCUCUCUCACAACAAAAUGGCAGAAGCUCGGGCUUGUCUGCUAUUGGCAAAGCACCACUGGACUUCUGCUAUGGGAGCUCAAGUUGUUCCUUAUCUGGAAAGGCUACUCAUUCUUUGUGAUGAAGCUCAAAGACCAUGGAGGAUCUCUCCCAGUCAUGGAUAUCUGGCACUGGGAAAGCUUUACAGUGAACUUCACCGUCCCCACCUCAGUGCCAGUUCAGUCAGGAGAGCUUCCCUGCUGCCCUCUGCCACGCUCUCUGACUGUCUUGGCAGUAUGGUAUUACUUUUGGACAGUGUCGCUGAACAAGAAACCCCCAUUCCACCUCAGAUGGCUCCAUAUUUGCGCAAAGCUCUUGCUUUUACAAAGCUCCAAAGUAGAGAGAGAAACCAUUACCACAUUUUGAGCCACCAGCUCACUGUUUGUCUUUGCCAACUCUAUUGCAAACACAAGAUGACGGGACAUGCGAUUUGCCAUAUGGAGGCUCUCAUCAACAACAGUCCUUCGAGGCAAGUUUAUGUCUCUGUUUCAGAAAGAAAAGGUUUUCUCAUCUGGCUGGCGUGGCUUCACAUUGACAACAGUCAGUCUGCACUUGCUUUGGACAUACUGGAAUCAAUUCUGGCUUCUAUGCCAGAACACUGCACAACUCCUCAGGAAGGUGUGGUUCUCAACAUGCGGGGCGUGGCACUUCGAUGUAUGGGUGAUGUUCGGAGGGCAGCAGAGAGCUACCAGGCUGCUAUUGACAUCUGCCAACAGUUUGAAGAUAUGCCAAACGGGGCCGUAGCUCAGGCCAAUCUAGGGUUGUUGUGUCUGAAGGCUGGAGCAAAAACACUAGCAGAGAGGCAUCUGUCUGAGGCAGUUCAACUUUUCUCUGAGCUCAGUGAAGAAAGCAAUGUGGAAAACUUUAUCCCCGUAUUGAUGGAGCUGGGAAAGUAUUAUGUGAAGCAACAGCAGCUGGACUAUGGGAAAGGAUGCUAUGAGUGGGCUCUGCUUCUGGCAAUCAAUGCUAACUUAUUAGAGUACGAGCUCAGUGUAACAAGAUGUCUGUGUCGUCUGUAUGAGUGUAAGAUUCCAAACCAGGUUCAGUGGAUAAUCUACAGUCAGCACCAAGUCCAGCUGCUGAGACGCACCGGAUACAGAGAACAGGAGGGAGAAGCACUGGAAGCAAUCAGCCAGAUCUACCUUUCUAUUGGCACAGAACAGGCGUACCGAGCUGCUCUUGACUACACCAAGACCAGUCUGGGUAUUUUCAUUGACCUGGGCUGCAAGGAGAAGGAAGCAUAUGGCUGGCUACAAGCCGGGAAGAUCUACCAGCUGCUGGGCCAGAUUGAACUGGUGGACAUUUAUGUUCAGGCAGCUCAGGAUGUAGCUUUGAGCACAGGAGACACAAGCUUUAUCUUGAAGCUUCUUGAAACUGCAGGAGACAUUUUCUUCGACAGCUGCCAGGACAGGGACAAGGCCGUCAUCUUCUACAGGGACCGUGCUCUGCCAAUCGCAGUGAAGAGCAACAGCAUCCAUAGUAAACUGAGGUUGUGCAAUAAGCUCGCUGAAGUGAUGUUCUGUCUCAAGCUGUAUGGGGAAGCAGUGGAGUUUGCUCACAUUGCAGCUGACAUCAGUAAGAGUCUGGGUGAGCGUCUGAAUGAGCGAGUGGCGUACCACCGUCUGGGCUCACUGUACCACUGUCUGAAACAGUAUGAACUGGCUGAGCACUAUUACCUGAAGACCCUGACCCUCUGCCCAACACCUCUGCAGUUCGAUGAGGAGCCACUGUAUUAUGUGAGGCUGUACCAAACACUGGGAGACAUUAUAUUCACUGAUCUGAAGGACCCUUUUGAUGCUGCUGGAUACUACCACCUAGCUCUCGCUGCAGCCAUGGAUCUGGGCAACAAAAAGUCUCAGUUGCAGCUGUGCACCCAACUCGCCACCAUCUACCACAACUUCAUAAUAGACCGGGAGCGCUCUCUCUUCUUUUAUCAAAAGGCACGAGGAUUUGCUGCAGAGCUGAACGCAAAGAGGAUAAAUAUUUCACCAGGUCAGCAGUACAGCAGCGCACAAUACAAGAAUAUAGGACAGUAGGAGGGACACUGCAUGAAGACAGAAGAUGUUAUUUUUUGGUACGGAGUAGACAUGGAGCAACUUUGGGACAAGACGUUCCACACUGAAGAUGCUUUUCAAAUCACAAGUUUCACAAUUUUGUUUUCCAACAUGAUGAUAAAGUCAAUAAUUUCAGAGAAAAAACAAUUUUUUUCAGCAGUUUAAAUAAUAAAACAUGUCAUAACUCUGAGCCACCGUUGCUGUAAGAUGAGCGUGUUAGCGGCAUAAACCAGGCAUGUACUGAAAUGUUAUUUUUUAUCACUGAAAUGAAAUACAUGAAAUACAUAAUGAAAUAUAUUUAUUUAAUAUCAUUUGUUUUAGGUCACACAGAGGGAUCUUUAUGUCAAACCUAAUUAAGCUCUUUAAUUCAAUGUUUCUUUCUGAGACGCACCUUGUUUGAUGCUGUUUGCUCCCUGAAAUCUAAAUGCCCGUGGGUCUCUAACUUUAUCUUUGUGUUUACUUCAUGUUUCAUUUAAAUAGACAACUGUAAACAGGUACUUCCUGACACGUGGAAACAGGGAAACACUGUUCACUUGUUAAAAAUCGACAGCUGGUCACUAGUGAACAUUCCAGGCUGGAUCUUACUCAUGUAACUUUCUAAAGUACACUUGCUUCUACUUUGAUGUGACUUUGAUGGGAGAAAUAAUUAUUCGAUCCCCUGUUGAAUUUUUAUUAAAUGAAUAGUCUAAUAGUUCUUUAUAAUAAUUUCAGUUUAAUGGAGAGAGACAGAAUCUCAAAAAACUCAGAAACAACACAUUAAUGUUACUUGAAGUUGAUUGAAAAAUUCAUUUGUGCAUUUUUGAUCCCCUACUGUACAGUCAAUUACAAAUACUCCUAAUCUCAGUUUGUUAUGUGUACACUGUAUGAGUGUGUUAUGGGAUCAGCCACCUCAAGGUCAAGGUCAGAGGUCAAGUUUUGCAGUAAAUCAAGAAUGAACUUUGAAAAUGGAACCACUGACAAAUACAUUACUGAGAACAGUCUUGAGCCACCUCUCGUGUGUGUGUGUGUGUGUGCGUGUGCGUGUGUGUUUGUUAAAUAGAAAGCACAAAAAAAAGAGUUGUAUAAAUGUGUGCUUAAACAGGUGGAUGACAAGACACAUUGUAGAGUUCUCGAGUGGAGUUGAUCUAUUUACCCUUUACAACAAGCAAAGAGCCAAUGUAAAAUUUCUGCUGGCAACAUUGUUUUAGAUGAGUGACACGUACCAACAGUUCUAAAGACAUUCUCGUAUUUUUAACAAUUACCAGAUGAUUCCCAAAGAGUUGGUCAUCAAAUAUUGUUAGGUCCUGAAAAAAAACUGGAUCAGUGGAUGAAAGAAGUCACAAAGCUGAAACAGUACAUCUGAAAGUUGUGACUUUCACCUGCAAAAGGUCACACACAGAAAAAGCAACAGUGGGGGACUAAUGAUGUAUCAAAAACAGUAGCUUGUGUCAUAUGAAGACAUGUCAGUUUGCUUCCUGUUUCUACAGGAGCAGAGCAACUGCCAGUACAGUCCUGAAAACAUGGAGGAGCCUCUGUCGUGGUUUGGGGCUGCCAUUGAGUCAGUGGUAUCAAGAUUGAUGGAAAUAUAAUAGUUAUAACUUGGUCAUAAUUUUGUGUUGCGCUGUUUUUUCUGCUGUAUUUUUCUUUAUGUAAGCUCUUAGUGGCAGCUGACUAUUAGCUGGAGACUAAAUGGUACUGACUAUAAACUGGGAUUGGAACAUAACAGAAUGCAUAAAUGUACUGUCAGAUAUUGUCUGUCAUGCUGAACCAUCUAGAAAACACCUUGUUGGCAACAGCUUCAUUCUGUAGUUUGGAAAUCAUUCCUAACCAAUCCAGUAAAAUCAUCGUAGAAUAGACUUAAGUCAUGGAUUAGCCUUCCGAGAGGCUGGAAUCUCAACAUCACGGAGGUAGUGUGGGAUUAUAUAGACACCGACAGGAACAAAGGAGAGAUUGUUGAAAGAGUCUGCAGAUCAUCUACCUCCUUUAAGAUGCUUGGAAAACUGUAGACCUGAAGACUAUUUAAAGAAAGUACAACAAAUGGCACUUAAGAGAGUCCAGCCUGUGUUGAAGAAUAUAGGUGGUCAGUAGAAUUGUACAAACCCUGGUUUUGCCUCAUGUACUGUUUUUCCAUGUAAAUUAGGUGCAGCUAUUGAUUAAACCUAUUUCCCAUUUUCCUAGCAAAAUAUUAAAAAAUGACGAUUGACCCAAGACUUUUGUAUAGUGCUGUAAAUAAAUUUUUUUUGUAAAUCAUACAAUUUUAAAUUCUUUUCAGUUUUAAUUCUUUAAACAUUUUAGUGUUUCGGGAGCUCAAUCCUGGAUUUG